AUGAUUUAUCAACCUCACUCAACAGCCGCAUCAGGGAACAAUAGUCACGACCCUCAACAACAGUCGCGACAGUCAACAACAGCAGCGACAGGCAACAACAGCCCGACAGGGAAACAGCCGCGACAGUCAACAACAGUCCGACAGUCAACAACAGCCGCGACAGUCAACAACAGCUGCGACAGUCAACAACAGCCCGACAGGGAGCAACAGCCGCGACAGUCAACAACAGCCACAACAGGGAACAAUACCGCGACAGGGAACAAUAGUCACGACAGUCAACAACAGCCGCGACAGUCAACAACAGCCGCGACAGGGAACAAUAGUCACGACAGUCAACAACAGCCGCUACAGUCAACAACAGCUGCGACAGUCAACAACAGCCGCAACAGUCAACAACAGCCGCGACAGGGAACAAUAGUCACGACAGUCAACAACAGCCGCGACAGUCAACAACAGCUGCGACAGUCAACAAUAGUCACGACAGUCAACAACAGCCGCUACAGUCAACAACAGCUGCGACAGUCAACAAUAGUCACGACAGUCAACAACAGCCGCUACAGUCAACAACAGCCGCGACAGUCAACAAUAGUCACGACAGUCAACAACAGCCGCUACAGUCAACAACAGCCGCGACAGGGAACAAUAGUCACGACAGUCAACAACAGUCAACAACAGCCGCAACAGGGAACAAUAGUCACGACAGUCAACAACAGUCAACAACAGCCCAACGACAGGCAAUAUCACUUCCAGUACCGGCGGUUUUAA